AUGUCCGCCUUUGAGAAGACCCAUGGUAUAUCAAUUGAUGAGCCGCCUGUUGCUCAUCAAGCUAUUCUAUUUAUACUCCAUGUACUCAUACGUAAUGAGAAAGAAAUGACACUAACAAAACUCUAUGAUAGUUUUAGUGAUAAAACAUUUACAACACAAAUGCUCAGAGAAGUGGGUGGAAAUGAGCAAGGACUUCAACAGUUCUUGCUCCAAUAUCCGUCAAUAUUUACGGUGACAAAUGAAAAAGUAUCAGCGAAUAGCGAUACACCAGUACGUCCAAUAAUAUCAUCAUCAUCUGGAACAAAUUUACACAUACAAAAACCAUCAUCGAGUACAACAUCUUCUUCACAACGUUACACAUCGCGUCCGACAUUAUCAUUAAAUAAACAUACGAAUGAUUUAACAUCGCCUACUAUAAGCAAUAGUUUAACAGAUGCAAAUAAUUCAAAUCAAGACGAUGGACCACAGUGGGACGCUAAAACAAUGAAAGAAAUCGAACAAGAAGCUAUUAUAUUCUUUCGAAAACAAAUACAAAAACGGGAAGAAGAAUGGUUACCAAUUGUUAGCGUUGCCGGUCAUGCUAGUCAAGCAUCAUGUGAUGUUAGAAAAUUUGUUGGACCACAGAAUGAAUUCAAAACAUUUUUAGUACGUUAUCCACAAACAUUUAUUGUUAGAGAGGAUUAUUGUGGACUUAGAGGAAAAUGUGAUCAACCAGGUGUUCCAUUUCCUCCACCCUCUCCUCCUCCAAAGCGGCGAAUAAUAAAUGGGGUUGGCAAUAUGCCUCUAGUAAUAAAUGGUAAUGGCAGUAGUUUAACUCGUUCAACGUCAUUCAGGAGUAAUGGUCGUGGUGGUCUUGUGUCAACACCGACUUCUGUCACAAAUAAUGGUCUAUCGAAACGUUUGACUCCUAUCGAAGUGAAAGCUGUUCAUUAUGUUAUGCGUUUAUUGUAUAAAAAUGGUCGACUCCUAUUGCAAAAUGUGUCGGGUUUAAUAGUACGUGCACCUGAUUAUCUAUCAAACGUAAUUGGUUUUACAAGAGAUGAUUUAAUUGUGUUUUUCAAACGUCAUAAUGCCAUAUUUCAAUUACAUACAGAUGGAUGUAUCAGUGUUAAACAAGAUGCCGUUAAAGCAUUAAUUCUCAAAGAACGUUCAUAUGGUGAAAAUUCACAAUUUACAUCCAGCGGGAUUGUGCUAAGAAUAUUUCCAAAAUAUGGCAUAUUAAACAUGGACAAUAAUGAACAAGUGUUCUUUGACAUUCAGUCGUGUCAAUUUGAAACAUUUAAUGAUUUAACAUGUGUACUGCAUCCAGGAGAUUAUAUUUAUUUCAAUGCAAUACUCGGACCAAAAGAAGGUUCAACAAAAUGGAAAUCGUUAAAAACAUGGACAAAACAACCGAAACCGCAACAACUUUCCCAAUCACCAUCGGCCAAUAAUCUAUCAACUUCGACGGGUUGUACAUCCCCGUCGUACGAUUUAAUCGAUGAUCAACAAGAUUUAAAUCAAUAUCAACUCGAAAAUGGUGAAGAUGAUUUGACAAGUGAACAACAAGAUUUAAUAAAUUCUUCAAGAUAUUCGUCUAAUCAAAAUUCGUUUCCACCACCCGCUUUACUCUCACCAUCGACUCCAUUAAGUGCUACUACCAAUGGUAAUCAUCCUGUUUCUCUUCUGUCAUCUACAUGUAUAACUCAACAAUAUCCACCACCAUCAAACAUUGGUCCCAUGCCAAAAAUGGUCAGUGGUGUUGAUCCGGACAUGCUAACAAAAAAAAUUAAACAGUUACAAACUCAAUGUACAAUUCCCAAUGAUAUAUCGUUAAAAGAAAAUUUCUCCGAUAAAUUUCUCAGUCAAGGAUGUCAAACAAUUACAACGGGUGAAAUAUUAGCAACAAAUAUACAUAUCGACUAA